AUGGAGUUCCCCCUGGCCCAGAUAUGCCCUCAAGGGAGUCAAGAAGCCCCCACCAUAACCUUCAGCACCUUCCGGCCCAUAGACUUGAACCGCACGAGCUGCCAGGGCCUGGGCUUGCUGCCGGGUCCCAGACUCCAGGCCCUGAAGGCCCAGGAAGCCCAGCCCAGCCCCAGGGCCUCCGCUGUGCACCCUGCGGCACCUCCCCAGGCCCCAGGGGCUGCCUGCAGCCCAAAGGAUAUCGGGAAGGAAGAGGUACCCAGGGAAGGAGGCAUGUCCCUGCAGGCUGAGACUCAGGCUUGGUUCCAGAAGACCCAGGCCCAUGAGCUCCUGCAGCAUGGGGCAGCCCCUGCUUGGUUCCAUGGCUUCAUCACCCGGAGAGAGGCUGAGAGGCUGCUAGAGAGCAAGCCUCAGGGAUGCUACUUGGUGCGUUUCAGCGAGAGCGCCGUGACCUUUGUGCUGACUUACAGGAGCCGGACUUGCUGCCGCCACUUCCUGCUGGCCCAACUCCGGGAUGGGCGCCACGUGGUGCUGGGCGAGGACAGCGCCCACGAGCGGCUGCAGGACCUGCUGCGGCACUACGAGGCGUGCCCGCUGAGCCCCUACGGGGAGACGCUCACCGAGCCCCUCGCCCGCCAGACUCCUGAGCCCGCAGGACUGUCCGUAAGGACUGAAGAAUCAGACUCUGGAAGCAAAAGCCAGGACUCACAACCUCGGUAUACCUCAAUCCUCAAAAAGGAGCAAAGCGCAGCCCCCAUGCAGAAAGACGGGGCGGGGGGGCCAAAGCAGACGUCCCAGCUGCCCAAGCCCAAGCCUCCCAUCCCCGCCAAACCUCAGCUGCCUCCCGAAGUCUACACAAGCCCUGCUCCGAGACCCUGCCCAACCCCGCCCCCAAAGCCCUCCAACCCCGUCUACCACGAACCUGAUGAACCCAUAGACUUCUAUGCCAUGGGCCGUGGCAGCCCCGGGGAAGCCCCCAGCAACAUUUAUGCCGAGGUGGAGGUGAAGGUGCCUGAUUCAGGGUGUGAGGGCCCGCCGUGCAUCCUCAGGCACGAAGUCCUACGGAAGUGCCAGUCCAGGCCUGUCCCAGGAAGCCAGAAUCCAGGUGGCCAACAACUGCAUUCUGAGAACUCUGUGGCUGAACAAGGCCCUCCUGUGCCCCACAAGCCCCUACCCCGCUGCGGGCACACCCUCCCCCACAACCUUUCUAGACAGGUGCUUCAUAACAGAGGUCAGGCGUGGCUCCCCCUGGGGCCUCCUCAGUAG